AUGUGUAUUCUAGUAGACGCAAUGAAUGUCAAGGAGCCGUUAGUCAAUUUUUUGAAAAGCGUCUUGAAUAACGUAAACUUAGCAUUUCAGUACAGAAUCAGUCGAUUUCAUUUGCAGCUGUUGCAGGAGACCAAUAUCUUGAGGUUCAUACACAGAAGAAUAGAGAGGUGGUUUGGACUGGAGCCAAAGACCGAACCGUCCCCCUAUAUAAAGGGAGAAGGGGACCAAGUUAUCUGUAGAGUUGACCAUUACAUUGAGUGUUCCAAAUACGAGUUGAUUGACCUCAAGGCAAAGGAAAUACAGAUGCAUUACGAGAAGAUGGUUUUCGAGAUGAMACAGGAAUUAAAAGGUGACAAAAGGGUAUUCUCUCUCAUAGCUCAAACAUAUCAAAGUAGCGGCGCAGAGAGGGUUGAGACAGGGGUCGUUUCGAGAAAGCGUGAGCGACGAUAUAGUGCUAAGGAAAUCCAGACAAUUCCGCUAAGGUUCAAGCCUAUACGUUUGAAAAGAAGAAUACAGCCGGUGAAUGAAGAAAAAAUUGAUGAUUAA